AUGCCUAGAGCAAUUUUUGAAGAAGAUGCAACUCAAUUAAAACUAGGACCAGAGUUUGAAAAUGAAGAUAUGCUCACAGUUUCUGAGGCGAAAAUUUUAAUUGAUACCGUCAUGGCGCAAAGAACUAGAGAAGCGAAUGGGGAAAUCCCUAUGACUGAUGUCAUGAAAAAGACGCUUGCAUAUUUUAAUGUGUUUGGAAGAUUUAAAACUGCAGAGUCUACUUACGCUUGCGAAAGAAUUCUUGGAAACAGGUUUCACAAAUUUGAGCGCGCUCAAUUAGGAACGCUGUGUUGUGAAGAUGCAGAAGAAGCACGGACUUUGAUCCCCAGUCUAGCAAAUAAAGUCGACGAUGAAACUUUACAGGGUAUAUUGGAUGAGCUCUCUACGUUGCGCAAGUUCCAAGAAUAA